UUAUUCUCCAUCCAAAUAUUAUGACAGCCGCCGAAACGUUAUUACUUUUGUCAUAUGGCCUUGAUCCUUCAUCGUUACCAUUUUCAUCACGCGGUUUUAAUUCUUCAUUGUUACCACUUGCUUCAUGCGGUUUUGAUCCUUCUUCGCAACCAACGAAAACUAGCGUUCUUUGUGAGAUCUUCCCAAGGAUGAUUCCGUCAAUUGUAUGGCCAUCCUGGCCCCUCAAAGAAUAUAGCCUAAUGAAGUUUCCGCAAAUAAGGACUACCGGUCCUGAAGGAGGGAUCG